CAGCAUUAUUCGGAGACCCAGAUGUACAGGUCCUGGUGCAAGCAGAUGUGUUGCCACACAUAGUCCAGAACCAGUAUUUGUCUUUCCUCAGUCUGCAAGCUCUUAUUUUAGUGCAUCCUUAGAGCAUCUUUAAUAAGACACACGCUUGUGAGCUCAAGCUCUUACUGACAGCAAACACUCCACUGACAGCGGGUUCCCUGCUUUCCUGCCAGCCCACCCCAAGCUUCAUGGGUUGAACCACCAGAAGUUCGACACUCUCCUCUCCACUCUCUCCUCCUCUUCAUCCUCUGCACAACCCCUCAACCCCCCCUACAGCCCUGCUCUGUCUACUCCCUUUGCCAGUACUGCCACCAGUGUGAUGGCUUGUUGUGCCUCGGGCUUGUUUGGACUUGCAACCGCAGCAUCACCCUCCACUACACAGACUUGCGGACGCAGCAGCCACUAGAGUGAAGGAUACAGAGAGACAGAGGAGGGGUGGGGGGGAAAGGGAGAGACAGACAGAGAAAGAGAGCAGCACCACAGUAAAGAGGAGGGAUCAUCUGUCCCAGCAGCAGAGGGAUCCACCUGUCCCACAGAGGAAGGGGGCCCCCCCACCUGAUCCAUCUGGUUGCAGGGGGGGACCCUGCGUGGCCGGGAAGGCAACAGGGACUAUGCAGCUGGGACUGGUGGCGCUGGCAAUGGUCUUCCUCAGCUCCAUGGGUCAUAGCGAUGCUCUCAAGCUCUCCAAGGCGAGAAGGCAGAGACGGGUUAGUACUGAGGGGCCACCAUCUUGCCCCAAAGGCUGUGACCGAUGCUCUGAGUAUAACGGCUGCAUUAAAUGUAAGCCCAAGCUCUUCAUCUUCCUGGAGCGCAAUGACAUCCGUCAGAUAGGCGUGUGCCUCGCCUCCUGCCCCAUGGGAUACUUUGGGAUGAGGAACCCAGAAGGCAACAACAGAUGCACCCAAUGUAAAAUAGACAACUGUGAAGCAUGUUUCAAUCGCAAUUUUUGCACAAAAUGUAAGGAGGGCUUGUAUUCACACAGCGGGCGAUGUUAUGUAAGCUGCCCUCCAGGCCAGCGCACCUCCAACGAGACCAUGGAGUGUGUCGGUCAGGGUGCUUCAGAGUGCGAACUGGGUGAGUGGAGCCAAUGGGGUUCCUGUAUGAAGAAGAACAAAACGUGUGGAUUUAAGAAAGGCUCGCAGUCUCGGGUCCGUUCACCCCUUCCACAGGUCCACAGCCCAGACACCUCCCCAGCCUCUGUGCCCUCGCAGAACUGUGCUCCACAGACAGAGAGAAGGAAGUGCGUUGUGAACAAGAUGCCCUGUACGAGAGAGAGGAAGAAUAAGGGAGACCAACAAGAUGACACAAACAGCAGAGAGAGGGAGAACGCACGUGGGCGAGGACGAGAAGGCAAAGAUGGCAGUAGAGGAGGAGGAGGAGGAGGAGGAGGAGGAGGUGGUGGUGGUGGUGGGAAGAGGAGAAAAGGCCAGAGCAGGACAACCACUGCUCCUAGCAUCACAACCAGCUCCGUCAGCUAAACUUCAGUGCCUGCUGGGUGGGGCUGAGAGAAAAGCAGAGACAGCGCCUCACCCAGCGGUGCCAGCCAUAGACAACGUGAUGAAGGAAUGGAUUAAUGCUGCUAAUGCGUUGUAGAAGAUGCAAAGAGAACUGGAGGAUUGCUGCAACACAAAAGGCUUUCCAGAGCUUUUUGAAUAGAUUAACCUAUCUGAAAGAGACUGGUGUUUUAGUGGUACUCUGAAAGACUUGUUGAUUUUCAUUCCAGCGUGAGGGAUCACUGUUGGAGAAGCAAAGCCACGGUGAAGAUUGUGGUUCAGCAACCUAUGUCACUUGUUGAACUCAGAACAGAUCCUGUGUUUCAAAUGCAGCAUUAAAGCUGGAAGUCUGAUAAUGAAUGAAGGGCCUCUCCAGUCCCCUCUGGUUUAUGAUGUAUUUAGUUGGAGUCCGAUUUUAAUCACAAUCUGUUCUUCAUUUGUUUCGUGUUUGCGAGAGGUGGCAGAUGGAUUUUCUCAACAGCCGCUGUACGUGAUGUAAAGACGGUGAAUAGUAUUAAGUCUUUGUACCUUUAUUUCCUAUUGUGAGAUGAAACAAAAAGAAAAGGCACUGGAAAUCAUUUGUGGUUGUUGAGGACAGAAGGUCUUCUAUAUAUUAUUUUGAUGAAGGAGUCUAUUAAAAAACAGGCCUGAGAGAAGAUGUAGAGGGGGAUUACUGGGAGCUAAGCUCACGUCCUUCUCUGGUGUCUUGACACAGACUUUUGCCAUUUCAUAGCAUAGUUGUUUGUUUGGAAUUAUAUGUUGAUGUUCGUAUCAGAAAAUGAGGAAUUAAAAACACAAAUAUUUGCAUGGUACAAGGUUGCAUGUGCGUGCCAUUGUGCAUGCAAGCGUGUGUGUGUGUGCGCGUGUGUUUGUCUCUACCCAAAGUCUGGGUGUUUGUGUACUUAGUAUGCAUUUCUGCACGGAAUCAAGUUGUUUGUCGACGGAACUUAGUUGUUUGUACAUGUGUGUUUACAUUUGCACAUAUGUGUUAAUAUUGGUCUCAUAGAUUGAAGAAAUAGGGUCUGGAUAUCAAGAGGAAACAAAAUGUAAAUGCACAGUGAUAUAUCGAAUAUGCAGUAACUACAAGCCACUGAUUAUUAUAUAAGCCAUCAAAUCAUCAGCUGCUCAGUAAUCAUGUAUGUUUGCAACAGGGUCUGAAGAUUUUGCACAACUUUAAUGUUUCCUACUGCUCAAGUUUCAGAACAAUCAUAGCAUUUUACACAUUUUACACAUUUAUACUCCUGCCAGCUUCAUAACAUCGCAGAUACAGAUUUUUUUUUUAUUUUUUUUAUUCCUAGAAUGUUUUCCAUGGGUCUGUUUGCUUUUCACAAGAUAUUAGUUUCAGGAGAAGUUACACGCUACAUUAUUCAUUCAUACUAUGGAUUGUGAUACUGAAUAUGUCAAACUGUGUUUAUCAUCAAACGUAAGAAGUAUUAAUAUCAUCAUGUAUAGCUUAUUCUGUGAAAGCCUAAAUAAAGUUCAGAUGAAGCUGA